CGACCAUCCCGACUCCCCCUCGGAAGGCGUCGAUGAUUGGGCGGUCCCCGAAGCCCCAGCAUAGCUACUCCUGAUUGGCCACGGAGUUGGAGGGGCGGGGUCGGUGCUGGGCCCGGUUCUCGUUGCUAGGGGAGGAGGAUGGCGACGGCAUCGGCGGCUCCUCCAUGGAGACGGGGCUGAGCCGGGACCCUGCAGCUGGAGACGCGGAGACUCCCCCUAGCCGUGCCCUCAAUGGGGGCCCCUUAGCCCUCGGGGUAACCGGCUGACACGGGCGGAGGCAGCGGCCGCUCCCCUGCCCCAGGCCUCAGCAUCCUACUAGGCGCUGCCCGCGGGCCCCUCCCGCCCAGCCUCCAGCGACUCCCAGCGCCCCCCCUCAGCUUCCUCAUCCUCAGCCCCUCCCCUGCCCCGCACCCUCUCCCCACCUCCAACCUGCCCUGCUCCCCCUCACCUCCCUGCACCGCAGCCCAGAACCCAGCGAGCCCGCCCUGCACCGACCGUCCCCGGGACAGACCAGACGAGCCCCCCGCCCCCGAAGAGGACGGGGGAAAAGAUCAAUCUGUGUAGUGGGAAACAGAGAGAGAGGCCCGGGUCUGACUGGUGAACAUUAAAGAGCAGAGCAGAACAGCCCCCAAACACAGUGUCCAUCUCUCCCAGAAGAUACACGCAAAGCAGAGUUAUGUAACAUGCACCACGGCUCCUCAUGCACGCAGGGAAACAGUUGGAGGCUGCAUGACAUUUUCAUACCUUUCUUAACAAUCUAAAUGGGGGAAAUCCAACUCUUUUCUGCAGAAAAAGGGGGAGAGAAGGGCUUAUGCUGAGGCCAAGCAGCUGCGCCUGUGUUUGGGGAAACUGGACUCAUUUCAUGGCUUGCUUUUUUAUUCCACUGAUACUGCAGCAUUUCUGAAAAUUAACCUGUUGUGAACCUCUGCUCCAAGCCCUCUCUGCUCCUCCUUCAUGAGGCGGCUGCUUUGCAAGAAAAGAAAUGGCAUGAAGUAAAUGGCUCCAGAAUAAAGCAAUCUGCUCUGCCAAAGUGCCCAGUGAGCAGCACUGUCACUUUAAUAAUUCCAUUUCAAGGGAUUGCUUUCCUUCUUUUCAAUCCUCUCUUUUAAUACAUGGGAGGAUCAGAGGGACAUUAAAGACCAUAAGGCUGGGUGGAGAGAAUAAAAAUGAAAGGGACUGAGGAGUGACUUCUGUUGGGUAAGAGUGUGAGAUUUGAAAACAUUUGUGCAGUGAGGAAAAAAGGAACCUUUUUAGUCUGCUGUGUAUGCAUCCAGUACAGCUAUACAUAACUAGCAAAUUCACCCAAGUUCCAGUGAAAGGAGUUCAUACAAUUAUUUUGGAUUGCUUUUGUUUUCCCCCAGAAAUUUAUUUGGAUUAUUUGGGGAUUUUUGUCCUGAAACUCAAAUGUCUUUGAACUUGUUCAGGUGGAAUAUUAAGACAGCUGCCUAGAGAUGGACUGUGCCUUAAUUGUCUUACAUAAAGUUGUUUAACUGACAAACUUUUGCUGCCAGAAGAGGAGUUAUAAUAGGGUUUUAUAUGCCAAGGAGCAUUUUCUCUUGCAUUUUUAUAGAUUCAAAAAUAUUUUACAAAAAUUGAAAACCACUCUUUCAAAAUUCUUCUUUUUUCUUCUUUUUUUCUUAUUCCGUGGGAGGCACUGGAAGUUUAACUGGAGAAAAUAGUCAGUACUGCUAGAAAAAGAAGACUGAAGCUGUAUUUCCUAACUGAACUGUUUAAGUGAUUUGAACAAAUACUUAGUUCCUGAGCUCAGAAGGCGAUCCCCAGUGGGACAUCAUUGAUACCAGUAAAUAAGUACUUGUCUCCAGUACCAGAAGUAAGACCAAGAAUGCCAGUCAAGAAGAAAGAUAACAGCAGAAAACUCAUUGGUGUACUUUCCCCAGGCUCUGCAAGCAUGUGUAUUCUGGCAGCAGCAGCAGUACUGAAAAUGAAUGAGCUAGCAGGGAGACGUGUCCACAUAGCAGACAAGGAGAGGGAUACCGAUCGAGCUUUAGCACUUCUAGAAGAAUAUUGUAAAAAGCUAAAGAAGCCGGAAGAACAACAACUGAAAAAAGCCAUUAAAAAAGUGAUGGGCAUCUUUAAGAGCAGCUUAUUUCAGGCACUAAUAGAUAUUCAAGAGUUUUAUGAAGUGACAUUGCUAAACUCCCAAAAAAGCUGUGAGCAAAAAACAGAAGAAGCAAAUCAAGUUGCAGAGAAAUGGGAGAAGACAAAAUCUUCUGCCACAGGCCAUGCGAGUCUACAGAAAAACCAAGAGUCUGUGGUUUCCGAUGGGUCAGAUGGAUCCGUAUUAUGUGAUGAACACAAUAAGGAGAAUCAGUCUUUUGAAAAUCAUUCUGUAGACACGACGACAAAGAAGUAUCGCUAUCAAGAUGAGGAUGCCCUGCAUGAUCAUACCUUACCUCGUUUAACCCAUGAAGUGAGAGGUCCAGAACUUGUUCAUGUGUCAGAAAAGAACUUAUCUCAGAUAGAAAACAUCCAUGGAUACGUCCUGCAAUCACACAUCUCUCCUUUGAAGGCUAGUCCCGCCCCUAUAAUUGUCAACACAGACACGUUGGACACAAUUCCCUAUGUCAAUGGAACAGAAAUCGAAUAUGAAUUUGAAGAAAUUACAUUGGAGAGGGGUAAUUCUGGCCUGGGGUUCAGUAUUGCUGGAGGAACAGACAACCCUCAUAUUGGGGACGAUCCUGGGAUAUUUAUUACUAAGAUUAUACCAGGAGGAGCUGCAGCAGAGGAUGGAAGACUCAGGGUCAAUGAUUGUAUCUUGCGGGUGAAUGAGGCUGAUGUAUCAGAGGUCUCUCACAGCAAAGCCGUAGAGGCACUAAAAGAGGCUGGUUCUAUUGUGCGAUUGUAUGUUCGUCGAAGGAGACCUAUUCUGGAGACGGUUGUAGAAAUCAAAUUGUUCAAAGGCCCUAAAGGUCUGGGCUUCAGUAUUGCAGGAGGGGUGGGAAACCAACACAUUGCUGGAGACAACAGCAUUUAUGUUACUAAGAUUAUUGAUGGAGGAGCAGCACAAAAAGAUGGAAGGUUGCAAGUUGGAGACAGACUUCUUAUGGUAAAUAAUUACAGUUUAGAAGAAGUAACUCAUGAAGAGGCAGUAGCAAUAUUGAAGAACACAUCGGAUGUAGUUUAUCUAAAAGUUGGAAAGCCCACUACUAUUUACAUGACUGACCCUUAUGGCCCACCAGAUAUUACUCACUCUUAUUCUCCACCAAUGGAAAAUCAUAUACUCACUUCUGGCAACAAUGGCACUUUAGAGUACAAGGCGUCUUUGGCUCCUAUCUCACCAGGAAGAUACUCACCGAUUCCAAAGCACAUGCUUGUAGAGGACGACUAUACCAGGCCUCCUGAACCUGUUUACAGCACUGUGAACAAACUGUGUGAUAAACCACCUUCUCCUAGGCACUAUUCCCCUGUCGAGUGUGACAAAAGCUUCCUUCUUACAGCUCCCUAUCCCCACUACCACAUAGGCCUGCUCCCUGACUCUGAGAUCACAAGUCAUUCCCAGCACAGCACUGCAACGCGUCCACCCACAAUGAGCUUACAACGAACCAUUUCUCUGGAAGGAGAGCCUCGGAAAGUCAUCCUUCACAAAGGCUCCACAGGACUUGGUUUUAACAUUGUGGGAGGAGAAGAUGGGGAAGGCAUUUUCAUAUCCUUCAUCCUAGCAGGUGGUCCAGCGGAUCUCAGUGGAGAGCUACAGAGAGGAGAUCAACUUUUAUCUGUGAAUGGCAUUGAUCUUCGCGGUGCUACCCAUGAGCAGGCUGCAGCUGCACUGAAAGGAGCAGGGCAGAUAGUAACAAUCGUAGCACAAUACCAGCCGGAAGGAGAAGAAAUCGGUGUUGGUAUGGUCUUUACCGUCCUGAUGGUGCACUGUGAAAGCAUAGGACUGCAAGAGUACGCUCGAUUUGAGGCAAAAAUCCAUGACCUACGCGAGCAGAUGAUGAACCACAGCAUGAGUUCUGGGUCUGGCUCCCUGAGAACCAAUCAGAAGCGGUCACUCUACGUCAGAGCUAUGUUUGACUAUGACAAAAGCAAGGACAGUGGCCUCCCAAGUCAAGGACUCAGUUUCAAAUUCGGAGACAUCCUCCACGUUAUCAACGCCUCUGAUGAUGAGUGGUGGCAGGCGAGGAGGGUCACUCAGGAAGGAGACAGCGAGGAGAUGGGAGUUAUACCCAGCAAAAGGAGGGUUGAAAGAAAGGAGCGUGCACGUUUGAAGACUGUGAAGUUUAAUGCGAAACCUGGUGUGAUUGAUGCAAAAGGGUCAUUCAAUGACAAGCGUAAAAAGAACUUCAUCUUUUCACGAAAAUUCCCAUUCUACAAGAACAAGGAGCAGAGUGAGCAGGACACAAGUGAUCCAGAACGGGGACAGGAAGACUGCAUCCUAUCCUAUGAACCUGUCACAAGACAGGAAAUUAAUUACACCAGACCCGUUAUUAUUUUGGGUCCUAUAAAAGAUCGGCUCAAUGAUGAUUUGAUAUCUGAAUUCCCUGAUAAGUUUGGAUCAUGUGUACCACAUACCACAAGACCGAAGCGUGACUAUGAAGUGGAUGGGAGAGAUUAUCAUUUUGUCACUUCAAGGGAACAAAUGGAAAAGGAUAUCCAGGAGCACAAAUUUAUAGAAGCUGGGCAGUACAAUGAUAAUUUAUAUGGGACUAGUGUGCAGUCUGUGAGAUUCGUAGCAGAACGGGGCAAGCACUGUAUACUUGAUGUAUCAGGAAAUGCUAUUAAACGGUUACAAGCUGCACAACUCUAUCCCAUUGCUAUCUUCAUUAAACCUAAAUCAUUGGAGCCACUAAUGGAAAUGAAUAAACGUCUUACAGAGGAACAAGCCAAGAAAACCUACGAGCGAGCACUUAAAUUAGAACAAGAAUUUGGAGAAUAUUUUACAGCUAUUGUCCAAGGAGAAAGCUUAGAAGAAAUAUAUAAUCAAUGCAAACUUGUAAUUGAAGAACAAUCUGGGCCUUUCAUCUGGAUUCCUUCAAAGGAAAAGUUAUAAAUUAGCCACUGCACCUCUGAUUAUGACGGAAGAAUAUUUAGAAGAAAACUACACUAUGCUAUUUUGAGGCUUUCCUGUUUUUGUUGCAUUUAUGUUCUUGCAGUCAAUGUGAAUUUUUAUGAAUGUACAACACAAAGUGUUUGAAGCCAUGAAGGACAGUGAUGGGUCAAAAGGGUAGGAACAGAAAGACUUUUACCAUACAAAGCAAAUCUGUUGUGUGCACAAAAGACCAGUUGUAGGUAUAAACUUUUGACAUGGGGACCCUCUGCCAAAGGGAGCUAGCCACCUACUGCACCCACAUGGACAUCGUGAAUGAUUUCAGUGGCUGAGCUCAGCGUGUUGAUCGGUUUAAAGAGAAGUUUCCCAGCUCCUGAACCUUGUGUAGGGCUUGAGCCUGCAAGGGGCUGAACACCUGACCCCGGUUCAUACACCUGAGGGUAGUCCCAUUGAAGUCAGUGGGACUAAGCAUGUGCUUAAGUGUUUUGGUGGAUCAGGGCCACGUGCACCUUGCUGGAUUGAGCCCAUAGAACCUGUUCCAACUCCUAUUGAAGUUAAUGGAAAGAUUCCCAUUGACGUUGGAUUGGGUGCUAAGCUUGUCAUUGCACAUCAGUAGUUGGUACACCUUGACUUUGGUAACUAUGCACAUGUUUUGAUUUCCAAAACCAAGUCAAGCAUUUCUUUUUCCCCUUUGGACACACUAUUAUAUCAGGAAAUAACCCCCUGUAGUUUAUUUCAAUGGAAUUUGGUGUUGGGAAGAGAACAGAAGCAUUUCACGUCACACACAUACCUACUCACACGUGUGAGGAUUCACAGUACCUAAACUGACAAGGAGGGUUACAACUGGGAAAAGCUUUAAAAUUUUGGAUUGUCUAUUUUAUCAUUUAUACUGAUAGAAGGCACUUAAUGAUGGAAUAAUUUAUAAAAAUUAAAAUAUAUUGAUGUAUAGAAACUAAUUUCUAUAGGUGAAAAAUGUUUUGUGAGAUAUUUUGUAAAGAUAAAUUAAUUGAAAGAUUAAAUAUUUGCUCCCUGGUCUGGCUGUAAAAUGUAAAGAGGACCUUCAAGUUGCACUAUCCCUUUUUGCAACAAAUUAUCUAAUAAUAUUAUCAAACCAUAUAAUUUCUUAAAUUUUAGAUGGCAAUUUGCUUUUUUUUCUUUUCAACUUAAUCCUUCUCUUUCCUGUUAUUUAAUCAUGAUAAAUUCCUGUGGAAAGAAUUCAAAUUGACUCCCUACAGGGUUUUUUUGUUGUUAUUGUUAUGGAAAUACUAGGAUGAUGCAUCUUUAAAUUGAAACAGAUGAUUUUUCAGAGGCAAAAUCUCAGUGACUUGAAUGCAGUAUAUUAUUUUCUCUCUUGAAGGGAGCCAUAAUCUUCACUGGAAAACAUUUUAUAAUCAUUCCUUAUGCUGUAAGUGAAAUGCCAGAAGCAUUUAGUCCUUUUUGCCGGCAAGCCACCGACUAACUUGUGUCAUCAUUUCAUUUCACAGUCAACAGGGGUUUUCACCAGACUGGGGCAAUGGACAUUUGUGGAGAAUUUGGGGGAAAUCUCAGCUUGGGGUAUAUGGGCGGGGGUUGGGAAGUUCUUGCUUGCUGUUUCACUUGGCCCUUAUUUCAUAUACUGAUACAGAUUUCGCUGUACCACAUCUGGAGGAUAGUUACAAAUAGAUGAACUGCCUUUGCUGCUGCUGCUGGACCAGGUUUUAUAGAAAACCCUCAAAAUACUGCAGGAGUCCAACACUUUUUAGCUGGUGGCUACUUCGAUCCUAAUGUGUAAUGACAUUUUAAGGGCAAACAUUUCAGUUACCGAGUUACCGAUAGAAUAUUCAAUUACUUGUCUAUUUAAAACUUUCAGACUUAUAUGUCUAUGCUGUCCUGAUAUGACAGGUACAUGCAGCCACUCUCGGUAAAUAGGCUGAUUAGCUGGAUGUUUAUAAGACAGCCAUCAGCAGUGACAGGGUUAACAAUAUGGGUAAUGUAGCGAUCAUUAGGCCUCAUGGUUAACACAGUAUUAAAAUGGAUGUGAGAAGUUCAUGCUUCCUUUAUUGUUAUUUUUUUUCUGCCUGGCCAGCACAGAUUCAAAGACAGAAUACCAGUAGAGUUUCUAAACUAUCUCCAUCAUCAGAAGGGCUAGACAAAAAGAAAGAAAGACAGCUUAGAUUCUGGAUAAUUAUGCAGAAAUCCACAGGAAGGUCCUAGAUCCCUGGAAGUCAUAGAUUUUUCCAUGCUGACAAAGUACUAUUGUCUCAGGUCCGGCCCAGGCCCACCUGAACUGAUAACCAAGUAUCCUAAAGCAGGAACUCCAUUCUAAUUUUCAGCUCCGUUUUUAAGCAACCACAUCUGCUUCUUUGUUUCUUAGUUCAGCAUGCGACCUUUUACGAUACUAUCCUAUUAGUAAAUGUUCUGUUUUGUCAUGUGCUGUGCUUUAUGGUGAACAGUAACACUAUGGCUGAGUACAAUCAAUUUUUCCAUCAGUCUUUGGUUACUGUAGUACAUUAUUUAUUUUUUCCUGUCUGUUGUUUGUGCUUCCAAUUUGGAGUUGCCAUUGCACUUCUUAUAUUUUUUAAAUAAAACAUAUAUAUAUUUAAAAAAAAAAUCACCACCAGCAGCAAUGAGAGGUCUUAUUUCCUGUAGGGUUUAUACCUCCAUUUGUUUUUGUGUCUUGAUGUUUUGCGUUUCAUGUUACAGCAUACUUAGUGCUGCGGUUCAUUUUUUUUUAAUGCAGCCAUUCGAAGUUGCAUUGGGUGGCAGGGAGAAAAGAAAUAUGAAGUUAACUCAGUUACAUCUGGUGCAAAAAAAACCAACCUCAGUUUGGCGCCUCAGACCACAUUGGUGCUAAUACCAGUAAACAUUAGCAGAUCUCUCUCUGUCUAUAUAAAAAACUUGCAGGUGUCUAUGAGACAACAUGCAAAGGCUGGACCCUUUAGGAAAAGUGCCAGAUCACAUCACUGGUGCUAUUUCUCAUGUUCUGGCACAAUGUGUAGCACCACAGGGUCUAAGUUGAACCAAAAAUAUCAUGGCUUAUUGUCCAUCCAUGAACGAUCACACUGACAUUUUGCUGUCUUUGUACAGAUGUGCAAUAGUUCAACCUAUUUAUUUCUCCUCCCCAAAAAUCAUCUUCCGUGCACUGGCCUCUCUUAGUACUUGCUACUGGGGCUCAAUGAACUUACACUCUAGUGGUCUAACUACCCAAUGCAAGAGCCUCUCUUUCUACCUUAAUUCCCCCUUUUUGCCAGGUAAAGAGGCCCCUUGUCUACACUAGCACUUUGUAACCUCUUCUAUUAAAGGCGCUCUCGAAAAUAAAUACUAUGUAAUGCAACUGUGUUAGUAGCUAGCAUGGUUUGAUGAGCCAGUGUGACUAGGGCCCUACAAGUCAGUCCCGUGAAAGAAAAGUCAGGGUUAAAUCUCUCCCUUGCACUGGGAUUUCAAAUCCUCACUCUGGAAAGCACGGCUGAAUCUGAGCUAAUAAUAAUUAUGAGCCAUCUCUAGCUAUGUGUCCUAGUGACCUAGUUAGUGAACACCUUCUCAGCUAGUUGUAUUAUUUUUCUGUGGAGAGUUUGAUGGUGUGCUACACUUUCAUCAUUACAAACGCUUAGCAAAAUUCAGUCAAGUGAAAGGGGGGG